GGACGCGAGGUCUGGACUUGUAGAGCUGCGCUGGCUUUGAAAGCUAUCCUACCUGCUUCUUGACGCGCGUUGUGCUGCUGGCCGAGGAGUAACUAGAGCUGAGGAGGUUGGAAUAACUGGAAGAUACGGAAUUACUGAUAGACAGUGUUUGUUUUGAUUUUGACAAGAAAUAGCACUCAGAACGAGAUCUUCAAGUCGGGUUGAUAACCAUGUUCAACGCAAGACAGAUCAAAGUGGGUAACCACGCAUUCGCCCGUCACCACAGUCGGCAUCGACAUUUCUGUUUUAAAGCUGGAAGUGUUGGGAUUAUACACACUGCGCCGCUGUCGCUUUCAUCUGGGACGAUGCGCUGCCGCGACCGGGAUGGUAUCUUCUGCCGGCGCGAGCCGUCUGCCGCGCGACGAUGCGAGUUUAGCACCUCAACAGCGCGCGCAGCAGAAGCAGCGGCACGAUCUACAAACACCGGCAGCAACCACGACUCUCAACCCACAGGUCUGACAAUCACCGACCCGCUAAUCUUGUACCGGCAGUACGUCGACUCCGGCCGCAUCCGCCCGGACGAAGCACAGCACCGCGCUGCGAUCGAGUUCCAGAAGUUGUACUACCGCGUGCGAGACUAUAUGCCGUCCGGGGACUUUGCGCGGCAAAUUGAGAAGCUCUCUGAGCUGCUUGAUGUAUGUGCUUUGUGUUCGUACCUGAUUUGAGGAUUGGGAUCUGACUGUUUGGGAAUAGGAAGAGGCAGAGGCGGAGCCGAAGAAGAAGACGGCGUGGUAUAGUCCCGAGCGAGAGACGUUGUCGCUGAUCAGGAGGCUCUCGGAUGAAGAGGAGGUUUUACUGGUUGAGUCUCCUCAAGGAUUGAUGAUCCACGGUGACGUGUAUGUGUUUCCCUGCAUUUGACUCUCUGCUGCUAAUUGGACCGAUGGCUGAUUGUAUUGUUACAGAGGGAGUGGAAAGUCGAUGCUGA